GCCAAGGCAGGGAGAUGCGCACACAGAGGACAACGCAACAGAGAAAUGCGCACAGCUCCCAACCACAGACGGCGAUAGCUUUACCUCCAAACACCCCAGAUCCGUCUUGGAACAAAAUGGGUUAGAGGGAAUAUGGCAAACUUUGAGGCACUUUGCAUGUCAUGGGGAAUGCCCUGCCUUGUCUGGCAAGCUGUGUUGCCGAGCGGCCGAAUUGAGAGCACAAUACAGAGACUUGAGGGGGACCUGAUUCCAGUCUAGUGUCAUUUCUAUCCCGGUUCCUUUCCCAGUUUGGCGGUGAGAGAUGAUCACGGAGCUGCUGUGCACCGCCGUGGCUGUGGGUCUCUAUCUCAACACGCUGGACGCAGAUUUCUGCUACGAUGACAGCCGAGCCAUCAAAACCAACCAGGACCUUCUCCCAGAAACGCCCUGGACCAACAUCCUGUAUGAUGACUUCUGGGGCACCCUGCUCACCCACAGCGGCAGCCACAAGUCCUACCGCCCAUUCUGCACCCUCUCCUUUCGCCUCAACCACGCCCUGGACGGCCUGCGUCCGUGGGGGUAUCACCUGGUCAAUGUAGUGCUGCACGGGAUGGUCACCGCCCUCUUCACGGCCUUCUGCCGCCCACUGCUGGGUGGAGGACUCUGGAGCCUGUUUGCGGGACUUCUCUUUGCCUCCCAUCCGGUGCACACUGAAGCAGUCGCUGGAGUGGUGGGGAGGGCCGACGUCGGGGCCGCCUUGUUUUUCUUGCUGUCUCUUUUCUGCUAUGCGAGACACUGUGGACUACGAAGGGACCCUCGUGGGGCCUUCCAUACCAGGCGCUGCGGCGGCAGAUCGGUCGCCCAGUGUUGGGUGUGGAUGCUGGGGAGCCUGUGGUGCGCGGCGGCAAGUAUGCUGUGGAAGGAGCAGGGCGUGACGGUGCUGGCCGUGACGGCUGUGUACGACAUCUUCAUCUUCCAAAGGCUGCGAAUUCGCCAGGCGCUUCUCCUCCUGCUAGGAAAGAAAAAAAACAUCAGUGUUUUGCUGAGUCUCAGCAUGCUGGCUUCCUGGGGAGUGCUUCUACUGUCAGCUCGCCUCUACUGGAUGGGCAACAAGCCCCCCAACUUCUCCAACUCUGACAACCCCGCAGCUGACUCGCCACAUUUUCUCACUCGAGCGCUAACUUUUCUCCACCUGCCUGCUGCCAACGCCUGGCUCCUUCUCUGCCCUGACAAGCUCAGUUUUGAUUGGUCCAUGGAUGCCGUGCCCUUGGUGAAGACCUUGGCUGACUGGAGGAACCUCCACACCGUUGCCUUUUAUGGCGGAUUUGUCCUCCUGUCUUUGUUUGGCCUUCAUGGUACCACCUCCAAAGCCAAGGAGAUCAAUGAGAAAGUUGCUAAUGGGAAGUCCAUCACCAACGGGAACGGCUACCAUGCCCCUGACACGAACCACAACACAAACUCAGACCCUGGGUCACCAAAACCCACCCUGAACGGGUCAGCCAAACUUUACCACUGCCCUCCUCGAAAAUCUCUGCCCCCCACAGAGAACGUAGUGUUGUUUUCCUUAAGCCUCCUCUCAUUACCAUUCCUCCCAGCCACCAACCUUUUCUUUUAUGUAGGGUUUGUGAUUGCGGAGAGGGUGCUAUACAUCCCCAGCAUCGGCUUUUGUUUACUGGUUGCUGUCGGUGCAAGGACCUUGUAUGUCAGGCUGAGGACUAGAGGCUAUAAGGCGGUGCUGCUGUGUUUUUGCAUGGGACUUGUGCUGCUGAAUGGAGUUAGAACUGUUCUAAGAAACAAGGACUGGAGCAACGAGGAGAAUCUCUACAAAUCUGGCAUUAGUGUGAACCCUGCUAAAGCCUGGGGUAACCUGGGGAAUGUACUGAAGAACCAGGGCAAGAUGGCGGAGGCGGAGAAGGCGUACAGAAACGCCCUGUACUACCGAGGGAACAUGGCUGACAUGCUGUAUAACCUGGGUUUGCUGCUCCAGGAGAAUGAGCGAUUUUCGGAGGCACUGCAUUACUAUAAACUGGCCAUUGGCAGCCGGCCAACUCUGGCAUCGGCCUAUCUGAACACAGGCAUCAUCCUGAUGAACCAGGGCAGCCUGGAUGAGGCCAAACGCACCUUCCUGACUUGUGCCGACAUCCCUGAUGAGAACUUGAAGGACCCUCACGCCCACAAGAGCUCCGUCACCAGCUGCCUGUACAACCUGGGGAAGCUGCUCCAUGAACAGGGCCAGCAGGAGGAGGCUCUGUCUGUCUAUAAGGAAGCUGUGCAGAAAAUGCCUAGACAGUUUGCACCACAGAGUCUUUUCAAUAUGAUGGGAGAGGCCUACAUGAGGCUGAACAGGCUCGAGGAGGCAGGGCACUGGUACAGGGAGUCCCUCAGGGCCAAGCCUGACCAUAUUCCCGCCCAUCUCACCUAUGGCAAACUCCUGUCCAUCAUUGGGCAGAAGACGGAAGCAGAGAAGUACUAUCUGAGAGCUAUUCAGCUAGACCCGACAAAAGGAAACUGCUACAUGCAUUAUGGUCAGUUUCUGCUGGAGCAGUCUCGUCUCGGCGAGGCGGCAGAGAUGGCGGAGAGGGCGGCAGAGCUGGACAGCUCGGAGUUUGACGUGGUGUUCAGCGCCGCCCACAUGCUCAGACAGGCAAGUCUAAAUGAGGCAGCAGAGAGGCAAUAUGAGCGUGCAGCCAGCCUAAGACCAGAUUACCCAGCUGCUCUGAUGAAUCUCGGUGCCAUCCUCCACCUGAAUGGGAAGCUUCCAGAAGCUGAGGCCAACUACCUGCGAGCUCUCCAGCUCAAACCUGAUGACAUCAUUACCCAGUCCAAUCUGCGCAAGCUGUGGAACAUCAUGGAGAGGCAGGGAAUCAGGACUAAAAAUGGGCUCGGGACCCAAAACGAAGACCUUCUGAACUGAGAGAAGCAGUAAGGUGUUCCUUCAGUGAAGAUGGAAUGUCCUCCAGGGAAUGGGGGGAAAAAGCAGACCAAUUAUCUGGUUUAGCAAUAUGAAGAAGCUGGAGGCAAAAACCUGUGUCUUCCAAGCAGGAAAGAUGAAGUCUCUGUCGAAUUGUGACCUGUUAACCCUGUGAAGGAUGGUUUUAGGGUGGCAUGUUUGGAAUUCGAUGGUCAAAAAGGCAGGUCCUGCCCUGAGGUGCCGUGUGUGAUGGGCCAAAUGAAUAAGCCUGACUUCACCCUCAUUAACAGAUGUUCUAAUGUGAUGCUCAGUCGUGACACACAAGUAAAAGGUAAGAAAAUGUGAAGUCCAAAAGAAAAAAAAAAUCUCUACACCAAUGUUAGGGGGCUUGAUGAGGAUUUAUGUCUGUAGGCCAUUUUCUAAUUUAAUUGCUAUGAAAAAUUCAAUUCACUACCAGUUCUUGGUAUGUCAGAGCACUUAAUUUGAAUGGAUGGAGCAAUGACAUUGAAAUAAUAAUUCCUGCAAAAUGUGUUUUCAUGUUUUCAACACUGUUUGGUGUAUGAAUACCAAUUUCUCUACCAUCAUGUGAGCUUCUCUCUCUGGGAUAGUUAAAAAUCGAAUCCCUAAUCAUCACCUGUCUUCAGGGUAAUUUAACCUUGAACUUUUUGCUCUCCAUGCUCAUAUUGUGAGGACACCACCAACAGUAAAUGAACAACAUGAAAGCAUGCCAGUGCUGACACAUCUUCAGGUACUGCCCCCCGACCAUGCAGAAACUGUAUAAGCCUACAUGUAUAUAUUGUUGCAACCAAUUAAAAAGGACAGGUCGAGGCAUGAUGCGUAGUCAAUCAGCAUACUGAUGUCUGAGACACUGAAGUUUGUUUGCGCCCAGUGCGUUUUUAAAUGGUUGCAGCUGUAAAUGAAAAAGGAUCCUGAAAAAACUCAACUGUGCCAAAGCUUGUACUGAGUCUUAAUGCCUCUCGUGCCAAGCAAGAAAGGUUAUUAUGUAUUGUGUUCCUUGUGUAAGUGAAGAUGUUUUAUUUUAUUUUACAUGGUCAGCUGAUCACUUUAAUUUAUUAAUGUGUUAUUUUAUGUGAAAAUGCCAACACUGUGUCCUUUUUAAUUGUCACAUUAGCUCUCUCUCUCUCUCUCAUUUCUCCAAAUACACCGGCCACAAUAGGCUACAUGACAAACACAUGAAAACAUCUUUUUUUUUUUAACGUUUUUUUUCUCUCUGCUCAGGGACAUCAGGUUGUGAUUAUUGUCACAGAAAGGGUUUGAUGACACAGAGAGAGCUGGUUAAAAUGAUAGGAGAUGUUUUCGAUGGUUGUGGUGUUUUGGUUAAAUUAUAGAAAAUGUGUAGCCUAAAAUUUGUUGUGUUUUGUAAAAGAGAAGUGAACCUUUUUCCAUAAUAAAAACAUGAUUUUUG